UCUCGGCGUGCCGCGUAGACUCGAGAGAGCGACGACGACGCGGUGCGCUUGCCGUGUCGCGUGCGCGUGCUGUGUUGUGUGUACGUGUGUAUGUGUGUGUGUGUGCCCAGUGUGGCGGCCCCCCGACGUGGUAUCAGCCGCGCGGCGCUAGCGCCACUCGAUCGAGCGGCCGGAAAGCGAUUCGAUUUCGCGAACUGACCCGCGGCGGCGGCGAGCGGUUAGUGCGUGUGCCAUUCCGCGCCGAGAAAUGGAAGCCGACGAGACGCGUUCGGCCACCGUCACGAGUGCGAGUAGCACGUUGCAGACGUUGUCGGAGCACGUAGUCGUAGCGCGCGAGCCCGUCGCAGUGACAGCUGUGAACGUACGUGGCUUUUGAAGUUUUGUUAUGACAAAGAGCGUAUUGCCGUCAGGCACGACCGGCCGCCGACCAGCCGCGUAUCCGGAGAAAGAGAGACCGUCGUUAUCUUCGCUUUCGCCGUCGUCGUCGUCGUCGUCGUCGUCGUCGUCAUCGUUGUUGUUGUUGUCAUUGUCAUCCUUGCUCUGGUCGUUGUAGACGGUCGGGCGCGCGUCGCGAAUACAAGUGUAUAUUGGUUUCUUGUGAGGAAGCGGAGGAGCAGGAGGAGUCACGCCGGGGCCACGGCGAGGGAUUAGUUCGCAGGUCGGGAAUUCGAAGGUCGCCGAGGGAGAGAAGCGAAGAUGUGGUGCCUCGUAAGCCAGGCCAAUUCCGUCAUCCUCGAGGUGCAGGUCGACCCGAAGGCCAUCGGCCAGGAGUGUCUCGAGAAGGCCUGCGACUGCCUGGGGAUCAGCAAGGAGUGCGAUUACUUCGGGCUGAAGUACCAAAACGCGAAGGGCGAGGAGCUCUGGCUGAACCUGAGGAACCCCAUAGAACGACAGACCGGCGGUGGCGUGGCGCCUUUAAGAUUCGCUCUGAGGGUUAAGUUUUGGGUGCCGCCUCACCUGUUGCUGCAGGAGGCCACCAGGCACCAGUUCUACCUGCACUCCCGCCUCGAGCUGGUCGACGGUAGGCUGAAGGUCGCGGAUUGGGGCUCCGUGGCACGUCUGGUCGCCCUGAUAGCGCAGGCCGACGGCGGCGAUUACGACGCGCUGUCACCACCGCACGCGCUCUACUCGCAAUGCUGUCACAUACAACCCGCGGAGCCGUGCGAGCCGAAACCGCAGGACUUCCUGGUGCGGAUAGUGCAGCAGCACAAGGAAAUCAAGGGGAUGAAAGCGUCGACCGCUGAAUAUUGGCUCUUGAAAGAGAUAUCAAACCUCGACGCAUUCGGACAGGAAAUGUUUCACAGUAAAUUUGGAUACAACGGUGUGUCCAUGAUCGGCGUUGGCCCGCACGGAAUCACGGUUUACCGCAAUCAGGACGAGGAGACACAAAACAUACCGUAUACAGCUAUACAAAGUGCUACGUCACAACGGCGCAUGUUCCACCUGGUUUAUCUCUCACUUGACGGCGAGGAGACGUCGUUGGACUUUAAGUUAGACUCCAGCCAAUCCGCGAGCGGACUUUACAGGGCGAUCACCGAGAAACACGCGUUCUACAGCUGCGAGACAGUCAGGAGCGCGGUCACCGCGCAGUUUAUUCGCGAUUUAAAGGGGACAAUAAUUUCGAUUUUCAACGAGGACUCGACCCUGGGCAAGAAAUACGUGUUCGACAUACGCAGGACCUGUCGGGAGGUAUACGACAAUGCGCGGCGCGCGCUUUAUUGCGAGGCGACGACUAUAGCUCUGCCGGAGGAGAACGAGAUCCUCGACAGGCACGCCUGCGGGGAGUGCGAGAAUCCUAAGUGCAAGGAAUCUCGGGAAUGCCUGGCCAGAUUGCUGGACGCCAUGCUCUGUCGGAUCUGCAUGGACCGGAGCCUGGACACCGCUCUGUUUCCCUGCGGACACGCCGUGGCCUGUCUGGACUGCGCCCGUCGCUGCGAGCGUUGCCCGUUAUGCCGGGCCGACAUUGAUUACUGCCGUACGAUAUACCUCCCGAUCGAGCUGACGCACAUCGACAAGCACAACCCGAAACUACUGUCGGAGACGAUCGAGCCUGUAUUUAGCAAGCCGCUGGCAGAUGAGAUGAAGGACAAGAGAAUCUUGGACAGCGAGACGCCGGUCAACAGUGACAUUUGAGAGCGUCUAGUCAGACGCAGACUCGGCGCGUUUGAAAGAUUCUUCAGGAUUGUCACUUGCCGCGCAGGAAGGGCGUACUGAGAUACACCGGGGGGUGAAGCACUUUUCUGUUUACCCAUCGGAUCGAGGGUUUCGACAUUCGUUGGAUCGCAUCCCGCAAGGACGCUUAUUGGGUUUCUCAUCCGAUUCUUGAAACUUUUAUUUCGCGCGAUGGCUUCAGUUAGAAUUGCGUAUUUUAUUAUUUGAUGUUUUAUUUCGGUGUUUCUCCGCUUUUAUUCUUAAUUUAUAAAGAAAUGAUACGCGUUUAAUUUAUAAAGAAAUGAUAUCUAUAUUCAUAAAAUAACUGUAAAUUAUCUUUUUUUACGAAAGUAACUUUAUUGUCAUUCACAGAAUAGUUGAACACUCACUCCGACAUUGUUGUCGCCGUUAUUCCUACUUUUGAAAUUAUUAUGAAAUUAAUAUGAAAUUAUUUGAAAUUAUUAUGAAACAUUGUUUGCAGAACCACUUAUCUAUUAUUUUAUUAAGACCUUGGUUGCUCCUUUAAUAAGUCAUGACUUUUAAACUUUUUCUCGGUUUUUUUAGUCAAAGAAAUAUGUUUUUCAUGCAUAAGUUAAACUGAUAAAAAAAAAUAAUUAGACAAGAUAAGUAUGGUCUGAAAAUAUUAAAAUUGAGAAAUGAUUUAAUGGUACUGUGAUCAAAGAUGAUAUUGUUGAGGAGACACAGGAGAUACGAGGGUAACGUAGAUAAAUUCAAUGGGGGGAUUACAUCAUUGUGUCUGCGUAUACUCGUAAUGGUGUUACAAAUAUUUCCCUGUAAUCGAAUGGCCGAAAAGUGCUAUUAGCAGCAUGAAUCUAAAGAGAGGAACAGUGCUGCCGACGUGUGUGAACAAUCUAUAUUAUAAACAAGAUCUAAUAGCACUCGAAGAUAAACCUUUAUUUCUAACUGAUGAUCGGACCAAUUUUUUCCUUGUUAUUUCAUGAUCUUUCUCAAUGCUUCUGUGUUCCUCUUAGAUAGAUACGCUUCUUUUUGGUCGUGCGUUUACGCUGAUCUAAAUAACAUUCGCAGGUUAUACAUACACAUCGGGUCAAGAACUUUUAUCGGAAUCGGUGACCCAGCAUAUUUUUACUACAACAUUCGUUAUUCAUUACGUAUAUGCGAUAUCGUUUACAAAACAACUGCUACAAUAUAGCCGCUUCUAACGGAUGUUUCGAUAAAAUGAAAUUUAAAUUGUGUCGAUAUAUUUACAUUGAUUAUGAUGCUUACGAUAAACUUAGAAUAUUACGUAUUGCAUUAUCGCUUUAACUAUGGUAGGUUGUAGUGAUAAAGGCAGCAUAAUACGAAUGUCACGUUUAGAUAUAUAUUAUCGAUCUAUUUUUAUCAUGCAUAGUGAACAAGUAGAUUUAAAUAUGUAAUCAUUGCAGAAUUGUUAGCCAAAAAUAAUUCCCUGCGAAUAAUAUCUCACUUUUUCUUUUUUUUUAUUGAAGCAUCCUAUAUGAAGAAGGAGACUUUAUUACCAUAAUAUCUGUUUAUAUAUGUACAUAAGAAAUGAGAUAACCCGCAGCAGUAGGGUCAAGUGAGUAAAAGUCAUGAGUUCACCAAAUGUCAAAUCUGUUUUAAUAUACUACGCGCAUACGUCACUCUUCGAGUAAGUCAUAAUAAAAGUGAAACAAGUUAAUUGCCUGUGCUUUGCAUCUAAAAGAUAAAUUGUAGAGUAAAAAGUCAAUGGCAUUUUGUGUCCAAGGAAACAGAAAGGAAGACCAUCCUUGAAUAAAGAUGACAUGCACUAUCAUUUAAAGUAUCUUGGGCUGAUCAAAAAUUCCAAAAAUUGACUUCCUUUUUGGUUCCGGUUAGCAAGGAAAAUUUGAUAUUAGCAAGAUAGUGUUUAAUGAAUUAUUUUUAAUUUACCAGUAGCGUUCUAUGAACUUCGUAUGAAUGAUAAAAGCAAGGGAAAGAGAGAGAGAGAGAGAGAGAGAGAGAGAGAGAGAGAGAGAGAGAGAGAGAAUGAAAAAAAUUAUUAUAGUCAUUUAUCAAUGCAAAGCAGACUUAGUUUGUAAUUAUUUAUAAGAAGAGAUGAUAGUAUGUAUUUAUACGUCGCUAUGUUUAACGCCCUUUAAGAGACUCUUCUUCAGUUACAGUGUAGCUUUUUAAAACAAUGCAGAUUUAGUAUUCUAUAUUGUGGAAUUUUUAGAAUAUCGAUAUAAUAGCGAAGCUACACUGUACCUGCAAGAUCAGAGUACCGUUUUGAGUGAUCUAUCCUUUCUUUUAGACAUUACCGCGAGCGUUAUAAUAAUAUCGUUAUAUAUAAAUUAAAACAUUACGUUAAAAUCGUGAUUAUGCAAUUCAAUGCAAUCUUGCAAUAGGCAAUUACUGCGUGCGCGUUGAGAUAAAAUAUUUCUGUCAUGAAAUAUCGCAUAACUGCCGUGGGAUAAUCUUGAACGAAGAUAAUUAGCUUCGGAAACCAUCGACGUAUAGUUGCGAUUACGUUCUAUGAAUUACAAUGGUCGCAAAUGUGAAAAACAAAAUAACUUUGUACCAUUAUUGCGUGUCGAUAGCUGUAAGAUUACUAAUAAUGAUGACAACAAUAACAUUACUAUUACACUCUAUGAAUAAUAAUAAUUUCUUGUGAUUUUAAAUCUCUGUAUAAAACGUAUAAGGAAAAAAAAACAAAAAUUCAAAAUAUUGUAGCUGAUAGAUAUGUAUGGUAGAAACGAAAAUGAUGAAUGAAAGAGAGAAAGAGAGAGAAAAUGUAUGUAUUUCUAAAAGUUAUCGUUUGCAAAGAGUAUUUUUAAAGUAUUUCUAAUUAUUUUUUAGUAUUGUAUCAAAAUUCCACCUGAUGCGCGAGACGGUGGGGAAAUAAACGCGCGUGCAUAUGAAAUUACCACAACUUACGAGACGUAAAUUUUAGCGUUCAAUACGAUGUUUCAAUCUGUUAAAAAAUUAAAUACCGAUACAUUGAGA